AAGGAAAACACAUCUGGGAACUUCCAGCUGCGGAAUGUUUCAACUAACUCCGACCAAUUAGAUGAGAUUGUCAAAAUUCAUCAGGUACGGCUAGUGUACAUCAGGCAGGGAGCUGGCAGGGAGUGGACAGUGAGCAGACAGGGAACUUACCAUGUUCUUUCCUUACUCCAUCUCUUGUCUUUCCGCCCCCUGUCUGUUCCUGGCCUGCUGGGCUGCUGUUUCCUUGCGCUUUUGCGCUUCUGCGGCCUCCACGAGAAGAUUUUUGUUUCCCCUGCAAAAUAAAUAAACUCCCCUUGCAUUCCUUCCGUUUUGUUAACUUCCACUUUUACUCCCUAACCUUUUGUGCAUUUCCAACGUCUAUAGAUCUUGUCCAUUCUUUUCAAGAGCAGUGCUCACUGUAUACAUUCAUUAUCCGUACAGCUGCUCCAUCACAUUCAUUCUCUGAAUCAGAGAUCUGGAAUUGUCACUGCUAGGUAUCGGUCCUUACGGAAGUAAAAGAAUCGAAGAACAACAACAUCGAAGUUCUUUGUUACGCCUCCUUAACAACGCUUUUGAAGAUUUCCCCCUUGGCUGGAUCCUUGAUUCGCUCGCAUAUCGCAAAUCGUACAAUCUUGAUUUAGUCUUUUCAAGCUCAUAACAAAAACAUCAGUCAACAUGAAGUCCGUUGCUAUUGCCGCUGCCCUAUUGGCCUCGACCGCCGUUGCUCAGCCCCAUGGUCACCACCGUCACCACCACGCCAAGCGAGAUCUUGUUACCGAGUGGGAAACCGUCUGGGAGACCGCUACCGUCAUCAUUGAUGACGAGACCACACAAACCCUUGCUCCUGCUAGCAGUGGUACUCCCGCCCAGUUCUUCCAGCCUGACACUGGAUCCAGCUACAGCACUAGCAGCGCAGCUCCAGUAGUGGAGUCUCCCACAACUCAGGCCCAGCCCUCAACGCCAACCACUGUUGUUAGCAUCGCAAAAGCUACCACCUACUCAACCUCAACUCAGGCUCCUACAAGCACUUACGUGGCACCCACUCAACCGACCACUACGGCGGCGCCUGUCACUCCCUCAACCAGCAGCACUUACUCUGCCGUGGCACCGACGUCCAGCGCCAGCUCUGGUGGCAGCACUGGCAGUGAUGGAAUCCCGUACAACGAGAAGUUCUCUGGUGAUAUCACCUACUACAAUGCGGCGCUAGGCGCCUGUGGCUACGAAGAUACCGGCAAGGACGACAGCACGAACAUUGUCGCUAUUCCCAAGGCUUUCUGGGACGCUAUUAGCACUGCUACUAGCUAUGGUAUCAACCAACCUGCGCAUCCUCUUUGCGACAAGACCAUCACCAUCACUACAUCCGACGGCAAGACCACCACCGCCACCAUCCGUGACCGCUGCGAUGGCUGCUCUGGCCAUGCCAUCGACGUCACUCCCCACACCUUCGAAGACCUAUUCGGUUCUUUGGACGGCGGUCGCCUAGAGGCCUCAUGGGUCAUCAACGAGUAAACGAAUUCGUCUAUUUACCUUGUAUCCUGCCAUUUACCGGUCCCUUGUUUCUCGCGCCUGGGAAAAAUCCUCGGCGUCAAAAUCUGUUUUCCUAUAUCUUUGAGAGAUCUCGGCGUGAUAAAAUUUACCCACCGGAUAUAUGGGAUCCCACUAUCUGACGACUGAAAACGGGCAUCGUUUGUUCUAAAACCUGGCCUUGAUGACACAUUUGUUCUCGCGAUACAAUUUUUUGAAUUACGUACGUACGUGCCUUUAGCAUCGGAUAUGCUAGGGCUGCUCGGCAAGAUACCACAGGGGAAUACGAAAAGAUGGGGUGGUUAUAACGGCUUAUCAUAGCCUUGUUCGGAUCGGUUGGCUACGCAGGUCCAAUCUGAAGGGCGAACGAAUAUGGGGGUGGGAUAUAGACUUCGAUUCUUUUGCAUAUAUUAAAUUACUGGGUAGAAAGGAUUAGGAAUGGGAACGGUUUCGGCCGGUUUAACUUUA